GUACGCAAAUAUCUAGACGCGAUACGCUCAACCUCUUCCCUCGCUGUUCGUUCGCUCUCUUCCACUGUCUUGUGUGCGUUUAUAAAAGGGGGAGGCAAAUCUAGCGUUAUGUAGCUAUCGUCUAUAUAUAAUAUAUUCAAUGAUAAUAGAGUGGAGUUUUCGAGUCUGCCGACUCUUUUGACAUGUAUCAUAUGUUCUUUUAUUUUCUGUGUUUGGACGUGUUUGUCCGUCACAAAAUUUUUGCAGGAUUACUGAUGCAACCAAGACUUUGUGUUAUUCCACUCUUAAAUCUUAAAAAUUCCACUUUAUUAAGCCUUUGAAGUAUAGUCGUAUCGUCUCUGCGACACGAUAGAGGGACGGGUAUUAAUUUUGAUUGAACCUGAACCUGAACCUGAACCUGACUUCUGACAUCGGCGUGGGUGAGAAUGGUUGGUUCAGUGAUGAGUGUUGUAUAAAAGCUGGUAAAAGCCAAUAAAAACUAUUUUAAAGUGAAACAUUCAAUUGGAAUUGGAUUCAAUUAUGCCAGGAAAAAAUGCAAUAAAACGUUAUAUUACUUGUCGCUACUGUUUAACAGAAUCCGUAAUAUAAUUAUAAAUUUCGAUUUUAUCGAAAUUUUUCUCUUGAAUACCUGUCAUGGAAAAUAAAAGUAGCAACAAUUUUAUUAGUUAUGUGGGUUUAGAAGAGCAUGAGCUACAGACUUUCAGUUCCAGUCGACGUGAUUCAUUAGUUGAAAAUAGCAUAAAAUUAUUGCCAGGAGAAGUUCUUAUUGCCGAGGCACAAAAUGUCCUUAUGUUUUCACCUGUUAGCGAUCUAAAACAAGGAAUAUCUGGAGUUUUGUCAGUCACCAAUUUCAAGCUUACCUUUGUCACCAGCAGUGAUUCAAAUGGAGAGAACAUUACUCAUCAACAAAACCAUUUGUAUGGAUAUACAGAUACAUGUUUGACAAAUAUCGAUGAAAUAUAUGUUAUGGUGGGUGACAAAAAAAGAAAGCUAGUUCCUGGUAGUACAGUACCAUCGAAAGUGAAAGGAAUAUUUAUUAUCUGCAAAAAUUUAAGAACAUGGUCGUUUUCUUUUAAAUUUUCACCUCUUGGACAUGGUAAGAAUCUUCUGACUGCAUUGCUACAUCAUGCUUUCCCUAGCAGACACCAACUGUUAUUUGCCUAUGAUUACAAAGAGGCUUAUUACAGUAGUCUUGACAAAAAUGUACAACUAUUUCGAGACAUUUCAGACUGGCAAAACGAAUUGAAAAGAACAUUGUGUAACGAUGAGACGAGAAAAGGUUGGAGAUUAUCCAUGGUUAACGCCAAGUUUCAACUUUGUCCCAGUUUAUCCCAAUAUAUAGUAGUACCUGCAUCUGUAACCGACAGUCAAUUGACAGAUGCAGCUAGACAUUUUCAAGGUAAUAGGCCGCCAGUAUGGUCCUGGACAAAUGCGCAUGGUGCAGCGUUAGUAAAAAUGUCUGAAUUGUUACCAACAAUUACAGAGAGGAUGCAGGAGAAUAUUAUGUUUGAAAAUGUUCGUAAAAGCCAUCCUCAAAAAAUAGCACCGGUCGUUAUCGAAUUAAAUAAAGAGAUUAAUGUCAAGUUGAUAGCGGCAAGUUUUGCUAAAUUUAUUAACUUGUGUACUCCAGAAAACGUCAGACAAUUCUGGAUUCAAGAUAAUAAUUUUUAUUCAUUGUUAGAAAAUACCAAGUGGCUUAAAUACAUAUCGUAUUGCCUACAAAAGACGGUCGAAGUCUGUGAUCAUCUCAGUUUAGGAAUUUCCGUCAUCCUACAAGAAGGUGCCGCAAGAGACUUGUGCUGCAUUAUAUCGAGUUUAGCGCAACUAUUGUUGGAUCAUCAUUUUCGUACUAUCGCAGGUUUUCAGUCGUUAUUACAAAAAGAAUGGGUCGCCGGUGGCCAUCCGUUUUGCGAUAGAUUAGGCCAUAUCGUGAAAGCUAAUUCGGAAAAGUCUCCACUGUUUCUCUUAUACCUCGACUGUGUUUGGCAAUUGUGUUACCAAUAUCCAACGGAAUUUGAAUUCACGGAAACGUAUUUAACCACGCUAUGGGACGCAGCACACGUUUCCAUCUUCGACACCUUUAUCUUCAACUGUGAGAGAGAUCGAGCAGUGGCAGCUAUGGAUCCCAAUACGCCUCUCGUCCUUCGCAGCGUUUGGGACUGGCGAGAACAAUUCAACGAUAAAGAUAUCUCUUUAUUUUAUAAUCCUUUAUUUGUUUCCCGUAGUAGCGGAGACAAAAGAAACAUGGAAAAUUACGGAACAAUUACGAAACCUCUGUACGCGGUGUCUAGUCUCGAGCUUUGGACGCAAUGCUACUUUCGUUGGAUACCGACGCUCGAGAUUCGUAACGGCGGACAGAGGCACGUUGAACUUUACAUUAGGUUACUGCAAAACGACGUAAAUCAACUUGGAAUAAAUGAAAAUCACGUCUCGUCAAUAGAUAAGGUCGGUAUCUGUUCUUUUCAUACAACGAUCGAUAGCUUUUAUCCCUUUAGUAACAAUACAACACCGGGGAACACCGUCAGUGCGCCAAUUAUGAAUAGUUCGAUUCUUCUAAGCGAGAGUUUAUUAGACGCGCAAUCAUUGAUAACUGCAACCGAUUGACAGGCUGCUGCUGCUGUUUUUAAAGCGUUUAAAACACGUACCUGAUUACGUACUCCCUCCCCUUCUUUUUAUCUUUUGAAAAGAGUUGGCGAAAUGUAACGUAAGUAACGUUUAUAGAGGAAAGAAAUUAUAGGUUGCAAGAAUUUCAAGUUACUUGACAGUGUCUCUUUCAACUGCGUUUUCCUCCAUAUGAAUUUGUAAACUGAUGUAAACUUUUAUCAGAUGGUAGCAACUUUAAGAUACGCACGCGCGCGAAAGAAAUAGAUAUUCGUCGUGUUAUUGAAAGCAGCUCGAGUUCUUUUCCGUUGAAAGCGAUGAAGAUAUUUAUACUUUGACGAAUUUUAUAGAUGCUCGUCAACGUUCGAGAACGAACAUUAGCGAAAACGUAAGGAGUAAUUUUAAGAUAGAAUUAAAGAAAAUACAAUAUCUGUACAUACAUCUCGAUUAAAAACUAGAAAAAUGGGUGUGUCUUUGAUACUUUGAGGAGAACAUCUACAUUGUUAUAAAUCGUUAAAUAAAGUUCAUAGUUAAAUAAUUUUUUAUCAAAUAUCUUGUAAACUAAUAUUCGAUGUAUUGAACAUAACAUAUUUUUUCCAAAUUAACAUAAUUCAACAUUUGAAAAAAUUUUAAUGCAAGUUAUCUUUGCCUGUUUAAUCCAGCUCACUCUCGACUACCUGCAUUGCUCUUAAAAAUUUCUUAAGAGCAUACAUUGAAAAAUUAAAUGUUUGUAGAAAAAAGUAUUUUUAUAACUUUAAUAACUUUUUGUACUUUAUUUUUAUUAUGUAAUUUAAUAAAGCUGUUUUAAAAAUAAUUACUAUGCAUUACAAUCUUGUAUCACAGAAUAAAACAACAUCGAAACAACAAUCAAUUGUGAGAUAAUAUUGCAUGUAAACGAGGCAAUGAAAAUAAGAACUUGUUAAAAAUUUUAUAUUAUAUAAUAUUUAUAUAAUAUUAUGUUUACUAACCAAUUACUAUACAUUUGACUACAGAGAAUUUGUUGUAGAUCCAAAGUCCAUUGUUAAAUGUUUUAAUAAUAACAGCAAUGUCACUUGUGCUUUAUAUGACUGUUACGUUAUUUCUUU